UCAUAUUGGUGGGUACUAAAAUAAGGCUUGGAAAUUCAUAUUAAUGUAAAACUCAUUUAAUCGUUAGAGAGCGUGGUAGUCAUGUAGAUUAAUGAAGGAGCGUGAGAUCAAGCAAUCAAAUUACGCAAAGUCACGCCGCAGUAACGGGACGUUAAGGCAAAAAGCCGUCACAAAAACAUUAAAACCUCUCACAUUGUCUGUUUUUUGGGCGGCGCUUUUCAGUCAAACCCUCGUUGACCGUCUCUUUCUCUUUCUCUAAACCAAAAACCUUUUCCUUUAUAAAUUAAACCAAAAACAACGUCACUUCUCUAUCUAAACGAGAAUAUAUCUCUUCUUUUAUAAGCAAUGGCUCCAAGACAGGCGAACGGUAGAAGCAUUGCCGUGAGUGAAGGCGGCGGAGGGAAGACGAUGACGAUGACGACGAUGCGGAAGGAAGUGCACUUUAGAGGUGUGAGGAAGCGUCCAUGGGGUAGAUACGCGGCGGAGAUCCGUGACCCGGGAAAGAAAACCCGGGUUUGGCUCGGGACAUUCGACACGGCGGAGGAAGCUGCAAGAGCUUACGACACCGCCGCUAGAGAGUUUCGUGGCUCCAAAGCAAAGACUAAUUUCCCUCUUCCCGGAGAGUCUACUACGGUUAACGACGGUGGCGAGAACGAUUCUUACGUCAACCGUACGACGGUGACGACGGCGCGUGAGAUGACGCGUCAGAGAUUUCCGUUUGCAUGUCACCGGGAGCGUAAAGUCGUCGGUGGUUAUGCUUCUGCUGGUUUUUUCUUCGAUCCGUCAAGAGCUGCUUCGUUAAGAGCAGAGCUUUCUCGGGUUUGUCCGGUUCGGUUUGAUCCGGUUAAUAUCGAGUUGAGUAUUGGUAUUCGAGAAACCGUAAAAGUUGAACCGAGAAGAGAACUAAACCUGGAUCUUAACCUAGCUCCACCGGUGGUGGACGUUUAGAUUUUUUUCUUCUUUUCAUAAUUUGUAUUUUACAUUGCCGGAAAAUAAUUAAUGUUUUCUUUAGUAGAUGAGAAAAAGAAAAAUCUCCUAUGUUUUUGGCUAAGUAAGAGGAAUUUUUUUUCAGAAAUCUCCUAUGGUUCCCUAAUUACGUGGAUGUAAUUAAUUACUAAUCAAAUAUCUCCUUUUGAUAUUUUUUU